UAGAAGCUUGACGGAGAGAGAGAGUUUACCGCCGUGGAGGUCGCGGUUCGAGUUGUGGUGUUGACCCUGCCUGAUUUGAAAUAAGGAAGUGGGUACUUCUUAUUUAACUCCGUCCUGUGACUCCCCCUCCAACCUGACUUCCCGCGAAGAGCACCGCUUCCAUAAAACCCAGCUCUCCCGGUGGUUCGACUCGGCGGUUGUGAGAUUCUGCCUCUGCCGCCACCUUUGAGGCUUCCCCGCGCGUCCGGCCACUCCAAGAAGCAUAGCAUUGCGUACAGUGAUCAAGUGACUGAUUUUCCUGUUCACAGGCGUUAAUGGUGGGGCAGGAACCGGCGUGAACAAGAAAAAGCACAAAGCAAAACCGGAACGAACAGCAGCGGCACCACGAUGAAUCGGCCUCGCUACGAAGUCCCUCCCGAGUUGACGAACUUGCUGCUGGAAUUCACCGUGAACGUGAUGAUAGAGCAUCCGACGGAUUUGGUGGAUUACGCGGCCCGUUAUUUUUCGGAUCUACGAGACGAGCGGGAACGGAACGCCGUCUCAGGGAGCACAGCGGUGCCAUCGUCUGCGACGGCGCCGCCGGCACUUGCGGAAAAUGAUGACCUCAUAUACAGCGAUGAAGAAGAACCCAUGCCGAAACCGCAAAGAUUUUCUCGGCGGAAGUCAGUCUUCGCCGAACACUAUGACCCUGCCGAAGACGACGAGGAUGAAGGUGCAAAGGUUGUGCAUCCAAAGUCUGAUGAACAGAGGGAGCGGUUGAGCCAGGCAGUUCGAGAUAUCCUUCUCUUCAAAUCUCUCGACUUGCCUCAGAUGCAAGAAGUAAUCGACGCAAUGUUCGAAAGAAAGGUUAAAGCUGGAGAAAUGGUGAUCAAGCAAGGAGAUGACGGGGACAACUUCUAUGUCAUUCAGAGUGGUGUAUACAACAUCUUCGUAUCAACAGACAGAGAACAGGACAAGCUUGUUGGGAAGUACGAUAACACUGGGAGCUUUGGAGAGCUGGCUCUGAUGUACAACAUGCCAAGGGCUGCAACGAUUACAGCAGUCACUGAAGGCUCUCUCUGGGCUAUGAACCGUCAAACAUUUCGAAGAAUUGUUCUGAAGAGUGCCUUCAAGAAGAGGAAGGAGUAUGAGAAUCUAUUAGAGAAAGUGCCAAUGCUCAAGUCACUAAAUCACUAUGAACGCAUGAACCUCUGUGAUGCUCUCAUGCCCAGAUCAUUUACCAACGGACAAGUAAUUAUCAAGCAGGGUGACGAUGCUGAUGGAAUGUACUUUAUAGAAGAUGGCACCGUUAGAAUAACAGUUAAAAAAGAUGGUGGACAUGAAGCAGAAGUGUCACGGCUCACUAAAGGAGACUAUUUUGGAGAGCUAGCGCUACUGACAAACAAGCCCCGUGCUGCUACAGCAUAUGCUGUGGGAACUGUGAAGUUGGCAUGCUUGGAUGUUUCUGCAUUUGAGCGUCUCUUGGGACCAUGCAAGGAGAUCAUGAUGCGCAACAUUGACCAAUACGAGGAGCAGAUCGUGCAAGUGUUUGGCUCCAAAGCCAACGCUGCAGACCUUCGAUGAUGGGGCUGGCAGACCCUGCAGACGUCAAACCAGCCCCUCAGUCCUCGCCUAGUCGUCAGUUGCCCUAUCCCCCAGGAAUAGCUUCCGCUGCCAACAAUACACAUUGCUCCUGCCGUUCAGUGGCAAAGUGCUCUUUUUCCUUCUCAAUGCGACAGCGCUCUUUUGCCCCACCUCCGUUUUUUUGGGGGGGCAUUUGAAGCGUCGAGACAAAAGUUGGGAAAAGUGGGGUGUCUAUGCUGUUGCAGUUGAGUUCUUUUUUUUUUUUUUCAUAAAGUGUCCUCCUUGUGCGAAUCAUUUUUGAUUUCUUGGGUUAUGUCCCGUCCAUGUGUGGAAUCCUUUCACUGCAUUUAGAGGUAACACCUUUUUCAAUUUGUACCUAAAAUCGUGUCUUUUGUUAAAGUAUUUCUCGAAAUGCUCAAGAAAUACACAGGGCUUCCCGAGGGAAAAAAGUAUGGAGUUUGUAAUGAAACUAAAUUGCAUAAAAAAAAUUGAGCUUGGAAGCUAUACUAUACAUUGAACGACUAAACAUUCAUGUAAGAAUUGCCACUUGAUGCUGCUUUUUGUCAAUAAAUCGAGAAAGACAUGAGAAUCUACAUGUGGCCAAUACCACCUGCUAAGCCUCGUGUUUGAGUGCUUGCGUAGUGCUGUAGUAGUCUAAAAGCUGCUACAUUAUUCUGCCACACGAUUUUGAAGCAUAACGCACAGUUUUGUUCUUUCACCACUAUUAAAAUUUAAUAUACAUGUGCCUCCUAGAGCAACAGUUUUGCAGAGACUGUGGUUCCUGGGCAACUGAAGUAAAUGACAGUAUUGACAGCGGAGAGUAGUUUUUAAUGUUAAAUUUGGAAAUUGACGAAAGUUCCGACAUCUGAUAUACAGAAAUACAAUAAUUCCGCAACAGCACAGUUUUGUAAAAGCAGGCACAAAAAUGUCUCGCUUCUGUGAACUAAAGCUGCUGUAUGGUGGCAGGAUGGAAAGAAGAAACUCGUUGUAUUGUUAGAGUAAGAUAGUUAAGCUUCACGACUGACAUAACAUAAACACAACAGGUAACAUAGUACACACUGACUGAUUACAUUUACAUUGAGCACCUGUGUGUAGAUACUGUGCUAGGUACUGCAGAGGGAUAAGGGGUCCUACUAGUACAGGCAUAAUAAAACCACUUUUUAAUGAGUGCAGUAUUGUCUGUUGGGUCCAUGCACCUUGUUUUACUGAUUUUAACCUUAUUAUUUGUUCAUACUUUUAUUACCUUGUUGGUUUUUGUCGCACUGUGUGUGUUGCUGCAGCCUUCUUUUAUGUGUAAUGUUUAAGAAGCUAAAGCAAUGCUACCAGAAUUCUCAGCUGCAGCAGCAUUGGUACCAUCCAGGCCCUUUGCAUACCACUGAGUCUGUUGUUAACACUGGGUUUCGUCUGACCGUAGAGAGCUCAUCAGCUCAGUAAUUUUUUCUGGAGUGUGUGUUCACUGUGUCAAUCACCAGGGCUCAACACAAAAGUGAUGUCGAUGCCAUGGAUGAGUGUGCGUUUGUGUGAAUGUUGUUGAAUGUUGGUACCCAAACCAAAUGUCUGUGUUGAGAAUUAUCCCCAUUAGGUAUAUAUACAUACAUACUUUGAAAUGACAGCAUGUAAUAUUCACAGAGUGGGUGUGUUCAGGUUUCUGUGCCGAUGACCGCAACGAAAGAAAAGCCAGUUUCCUUUUGCACUGUUCUAUUACAUGUAACCUUUGUAAUACCUGAGAUUCCUUUUUUUUAUUGAAAAAAAAAGGUGAUUGGUGGCAAGAGUCAUGCAUACUCAAAGCAAAAUGUCCAGGGGAUAUGUCUUGGUGGGCAGCUGACACAGCGAUCUUGCUUUUAAAAUCUGGCCUAUUGUGCACAGGUCCUCUUUAAUGGGUCAUGGUUCUGUGCUGCCUGCAUGUUCUGGUCACUCCAAGUCUGAAUUCACAGCCUGAGCACACCCAGUGUGCUUGAUAUUAUGCAGAGAAUAAUGAAAAUAAAAUAAGAUGCAAGUUCUUCAUAAAGAGCAUACACUUAACAUUUCAAAAGCAAGGAGACAUUUUAUUUACAAUGUCCCGCAAAUGAUCGUACACUAUGUGAGCAACACGUAGUGACUCUUAGAGGCAUCAUACUUGUGAUGUUUGGAACAUUUGAAAAGAUUAUAUAAGAGUAUAACGAUUGUGUUGGCACUUCAUAAAGAUAUAUAGCUAGGUACUACACUGGCUGAGCUGACCACCAUUUUUGGAUAAACGUUGAUGUUUUUCUAUCCGCCGAGGUCACCGAGCAUCAGCCGUCGUGAACAGCAACAGUGUCCACGUUUUCGAGCGGUCACGUGACCGAUUGUGGUGCUUGAGCAGAAAGCACUGGCUGGCAUAAUAGAUUGAUCUAACUAGUCCGAGAGUAAAAAUAUGGUGCGGGGUCACGAGCUUGACGUAUGCAAAGGAAAAUUACGGUUUGCGCAUAUCAGGAUGGGAGCAUACACGAGAUAAGCUACCUUAGCGGUAACCAGUUUUGUUCUAUGCCCAUCGUUUGCAGUUUGUGCACGGUGUUCUGUGGAGAGAUGCAUGUUUCAUGUUCCACAUGCACAGAGGAAUACUAUGUCUGUGUUUUCCCCUCCUCCUCCGUUGGAUGUCAUUUUCAUUGCAUAUUGUCACUGUGAAAGAGCCACAUUCUUGUUUCUGCUUCCACAACACACUCGGGUCUCCUCUGUAGAUAACAAACAAAAUAGCUUUUAUCCUUUAUCUGGCUAUGUUACAUUCUGUCUCUUCCUGUCAUACUAGAUUAGAUGUCUCACCAGUAGCAACAGUACAACAAUCAGACGGUCAUGGUUGAUAUUGUACUUCAUUCUGGCACUGAACAGAAUCCAAGGUAUCAAUUGGUAUAAUUUCAUGUUGUAGUAGUAUUCACUAUGUGUGCAUAUGAGCUGUCUCAUUCAGUACAGAGCAACCUCUGGAACAAUACAAUGAAUCUGUGAAAGCAUUGUACAGAAUGCACUCUGGAAAUAAGGAUUUCUCCUGUUCUGAAAUUUUCUGCAUAUAAAUGUGAGUAGAGAAAAAUCUUCUCUGUCCACAGUGAGACACGCAGAAUGCAAUCUUGGACUGUUCACAUAUCUGUAUCACCCGUUUUGGUUGCUGUUUGCACAGCGAGCAUUGUUGCAGGUUGGUGUGGAGUAAGCCCGGUUAUCUUACUACCGUCUUCUGCCGUUUUAAUGUAAUAUAUCCCAGACACGUAUUUUUUGUCAUUUCGUUUACAAACGUGCUGUAGUAGUAUGUAUGUGAUGCUGUUUUACCUUUGUUUUCUGUUGUCAUAUCCAUUCAAGCGUACCCUCGAUGUUGUUAGCACGUAGCAUCUUGGGCACCGCUACCGAUUUUAUGCAGCUUUCGUCUUCGCCCGUUGGCGCGGCAACGAAAUACUGAUUUAGAACCUUUGAGGAAUUCCUUUCCAGAUUCCGAGUGACUCUGUUGUGGCCAUCCGUUGUUUCCCGAACCUGUUAACGACCAUGGCACAGUUUUCAUUAACGAAAUGUAGUCUUCCUGUUUUGAAUGUGCUUCUUUUAUUCCCAAGCUUUGUUAUCAAAAUGCAAGUACAGCCGGUGGAUGAUGCGAAACGAGCUCGACGCUCUUUUGGAAUUGUCACUGGGCGUGUUGAAUCAUUACAAUACAAAAUCCAGAAAGAGAACCCCCUCAGGAUGUAGUGUAUUUAUAAGUGUCAAUAAUUCAUUGCACUGUGAAAAUAAAUGCGGACGAUAAAAGAG